AUGAGCAAUGGUCUUUUAAUUGAUUUUAAUACUUGUUUGAGGUAUUCUAUAUUUACUGGCAGGAGUUUCUUAUGCUUAGUUAAUCAGAUAGAUGAAGAAGAAUCAAGCAGUGAUAUUUAUAGUACUCGCUUUUCUGAUAAUAGUAGCUCAGUGUUUAUAAAUACGAAUACUGCAUCUAUAGAAAGUGUUAAAAAUGCUGUCAUUUUACAUUGUAAAAAUGAAAAUGUCAAUGCUAAUAUCAACAUUUAUAAUCCUGAUGAUAUCAAAAACAAUAAUGAAAAUAGGAGGGAUGCAAGUGAGAUUCCAAAUUCAAGUAACGUCCCUCAAAUAAAUACAAAAAAUACAGGAAGUACGUCAUCUAAUAACACAAAAGACUCAUCUUCGAGUGUUGAGAUUUCAAUUAUACCUGAUAUAAAUUCAUUUACAGAUGAUGAUGAAAAAAAAUUAGUUGAUAAAAUGACUUCAAAUUUAUAUGAGCAAACUAAAACUGCCAGUAUUAACUUUAGAAGAAGAUUACAAAACAAAAUUUAUAUAGGUAUUGUUAUGGUUCCUUCAUUGUUUGAUAAUCCCCUAAUUGAUUUAAAUAAUACCUCAGAUUUGUUAAGCUCUUGUAUUACAAUUCAGAAUUGGUUAAAGCAGAAAUUUUGGCUAGCUUGUACAGAGCCUGAUACUGAAGCUGUGAAUCAGCAAGGUCUCACUUCAUUAAUUAGUAAUCCAUUUAGCACAUCAAAUAAUAGUUUUGCUACCGUCGAAAAAAAUAGUAAUGAUAGCAGUAAUAGUAUCAAUAACAUUAAUAAUACUGGUAUAGAAUUUGACCUUGAAAAAGCAAUAAGUGUAACACCAGUAGUAAGGAGGUAUAUUAUGGAUCUCAUGAUACAAGUAAGAAAUCAUCGAUUUACGCAUCAUAGUUCAGGUGGUGGAGCUUCAACAUCGGCUUUGAAAGCUUUAUUAGAAUUAGCAAGAAUGAUUAGUUUGUCAAAGAAUAAAACAUUUGUAACCCCAAGAGAUGUUAAAUUAGCAGCUUGCUGGUAUUUUCCAUCUCAUAUCAACAUUAUUACAGAUAGUUCGAUGGAUAGUAGUAUCUUAUAUGGUAGUAAACCUGACUUAGUUGAUGAAUUAUUAUCAAUAUUUGCUAAACUAAAAUUAAAACAAAAUACUAAAAAAUCAACUAGCAAAAUUAAUAAUGAUAUUAAAUACCAGAACUUUAAUAAUACGGAGGAGAUAGUCGAUUAUGAAUUAAAUCCACUAUUUUUAGAGUAUUGGGUAAUUAGAGAUGUAAUUAGCAAAGUAGUUCCCCCAGUUUAA